AUGGAAGAAGUCGACGAGCUCGUGCCGCAUCCAGACAGUAAUGGGCUGUUGAACCUUACGAAACGAGAGCUGAUUGUUCUCAACGUCUCUUUCAACAACAUCGAGUACCUCCCUCCUGAGCUAGGCGACCUCGUUCUUCUGAAAGAGUUAGAUAUAUCAUGUAACAAACUGGAGGCAUUGCCUCCCGAGGUGGGAAAGUGCAUUCGGUUGCGGAAGCUAAAAGCAAACGGCAACUACGUGGAAGGAAUCCCGGCCGAGCUUGGACAUUGCUCUCUACUUGAGGAGUUGAUCUUGUCCGAGAAUAAACUGGAGGAAAUUCCCGAAUCUCUGGCUAAUCUCAAGGCCCUACGAGUCCUCCGGCUACAAAAUAACCGGCUCAAGACCCUUCCGUACGCGCUCGGAGCGGUAAUUACCCUGGAGGAGCUCGAUUGCGCGGGAAACGCGGACCUGGACGUAGUCCCGGCGGCGUUGCAUAGUGACACGGCGAUGAUCCUCUGGGUUUGCCGCUUGCAUAAAGACCACGCGGAGGAUGCUGAGCAACUCCAGCGCCUGAACGACGCGUUGGAAAACAAGGCCCAGAAGAUAGAAGAGACAAAGCUCCGAUUAAAGGAAGAGAUUCGAAUACUGCAGGAGCAGCGAAGGGCGCUGCUGAAGGAACGACCAGGGGCAUACCUUGCGGCCAAACGAAAGGUGGACGCGACCGUCUCGAAAGUUUGCAGCGUGUCGUGA